AUGGUUCGAGCCCUGGAAAAAUCAGCGGCUCUUGCCGCACUACUCUCCGUCGCGUUGGCGAUGGAGACAUCGGAUCGUCUUAGACUGAGAGACCAAGUCAAAGAGAUGUUUUUCCACGGAUACGACUCGUACAUGGAUUUCGCGUAUCCGGCGGAUGAGCUCAUGCCAUUGAGCUGUAAAGGUCGCUACAGGGGCAUCGAAGAAGACAGAGGGGACAUAGAUGACGCCAUGGGGAAUUUCUCAUUGACCCUUGUUGACUCGGCGGACACACUCAUGAUCAUGGGGGAGUUCGCAGAAUUUGAGAGAGCUGUAAAGCUGAUCAUAGACAAUGUGCGCCUGGACAAUGACGUAACUGUUUCGGUCUUCGAAACCAACAUCCGGAUGUUAGGAGGACUUCUGAGCAACCACAUUCUGUCGAGAUACCUCAAAGAGUCACUCGGCAAGAUGACUUGGUACAAAGAUGAGCUGUUGCUGCUGGCCAAAGAGCUCGGCCUGCGGCUCCUUCCGUCAUUCAACUCGACCACAGGAAUUCCGCAUCCCCGGAUAAAUCUCCGUUGGGGUAUGAAGUCCGAUUCGGUCCCCAAGACGACAGAAACAUGCACGGCCUGCGCCGGAACGAUGCUCCUCGAGUUCGCAGCGCUGUCCAGGCUGUCUGGAGAACCGAUCUUUGAAGCGAAGGCUCGGAAAGCGAUGGACUACCUCUGGCUGUCGUCCGAUCUAGUCGGAACUGUGAUAAACGUUAACAGCGGCGAUUGGAUCCGGCGAGACUCGGGCGUGGGCGCCGGAAUAGAUUCGUACUACGAGUACUGUUUGAAGGCUUACAUAUUGUUGGGGGACGGGACGUACCUCGACAGAUUCAACAAGCAUUACGCAGCUGUGAUGAAAUAUAUUUCACAAGGUCCAAUGCUGGUCGAUGUUCACAUGCACCGACCGAAUACGAACUCGAAAAACUUCAUGGACGCUCUGCUUGCGUUCUGGCCGGGUCUUCAGGUCCUGAAAGGCGACAUCAAGCCGGCAAUCGAAACCCAUGAGAUGCUUUAUCAAGUGAUGCAGAGGCACAAUUUCCUGCCGGAGGCGUUCACUACUGAUUUUCAAGUGCAUUGGGGUCAGCACCCUCUCAGACCCGAGUUCAUCGAGAGUACAUAUUUUCUUUACAAAGCAACGAACGAUCCAUACUAUCUGGAAGUUGGGCGAAAAGUCGUCGAGUCGUUGGAAAAAUAUGCGCGGGUACCUUGUGGCUUUGCGGCAGUGAAAGACGUUCGAACGAAUUCGAAAGAUGACCGUAUGGAUUCCUUCGUUUUGGCGGAGACUUUCAAGUAUCUCUACCUUCUCUUCGCCGAUAAGGCCGAUGUUCCCUUGGACAUCGAUCAGUUCGUCUUCACGACAGAGGCCCAUCUGCUCCCCCUGAUCCUUUCCCGUAAAGGCCAGCCGGAGAACAUCACAGUCACCAGUCGUACGCGCGGGGGCGACGGCGACGAGUGCCCGAAUUCGGAUUACUUCCGGAACGCCGACAAAGUUCGUCUACCUCUGAAGAAUCUAGUCGAAGGCACAUGCCCCUCUCAGCCCGUCAAAAAACGUCGGCUGCUUGCCGCCCAAUUCGAUGUUGCGAAUGCUCAACACAUCGAGCUCAUUCGGCAGAUGGGAGUUCUCGUCGCUGUUCUGGGAGAUGGUCGUAUGCAACUGGUUCACAACGCAGCUCAGGCCCAUACACCACAGGACGCUCAGGAGGGUCUUCUCUUCAUGCAGGAAAUGAUCCAGUUGGCCAAGAACCAAAACCGACAAGAACAGGAGCUACGAUCCGUGCAGUUCAUGGUGAACAACAAACUGGUGGUGGCACCUGCUGGCCCCGCGCAAUUCGGGCCUGACCUCGGAGAUAUCUCUAAUCAGGUGUCCGGGGAAGCGGAAUGGGUUGACUCGGUGAAAGCAUGCUCGCCGCCUACGAAUUGCCAAAAGCUCCGCGGGAAAGUUGCCAUAAUGGAAAGAGGCGAUUGCAUGUUCAUAGAGAAGGCCCGUAACGUCGAACAGUGCGGUGCGAUCGGAGGAAUCGUUCUGGACACGGUGAAGGAUUCUUCCGCGCGAUCAGCUUCGAUUUUCGCCAUGUCUGGGGACGGUGGGCAGAACGACCCAAAGGUGCCGCUCGUGUUCCUGUUCUCGCUUGACGCGAAACCUCUCUUGGAGGCACUCGAGAGCAAUCCCAAUGUCCAGAUCACGCUCGCGGACGCGACGCCCGUGGGACCUCUGCUCGGCUCCGAGGGUGGCAUACAGGGCACCCUCCUCACAGAAUCCGCUCGGAGCACUUCGUCGGAACGGAGUUUAGAACGAGAUCUCAAUAAACUGCUGCUCGAGAUUCACGAACUACAAGCGAGCCAAUACAAAAUAACGAACCGCGAACGGGAGAAGCGAUUCAAGAAAUUGCUCAUGAACGUCCUCUCCGAAGUGAGGAGCCAGAAGAAGGACCUCAAAUCCGCGCUCGCGGCCCUCAGCGUUUUCCGAAUGGACGAUGAGGUCGAUAUAUGCGAUGAACGGAGAUGUCCGAACCCUGAUUGGAGCGCUUCAGCAUUUGUUGACCACAUGAGCCGUCGAAGUUGUUACAAGUGUCCGGUGGAAUCGCGCGGGUUGUAGAAAAAUCUAGUUGGUAUUUUGUUUAUUCUGUACAUAAAAAUAGCGGUACGGUGUGAUUGAGCGUGAUCGCGUCGGUUCGACGCACGGGGAAGCACAAAAAUAGCAUAGACCGUGAGCUCCGCAAGACGACGAAUGGAUAAUCAUGGGCGUCGGCGAUGAUUUAAGACAGCAAGGGAUCCGGAGGCUCUGAGCAAUUAUUGAUUGGAUUGGUGGGAUGGAGAUGAGAUGACGACAUCGAGCGUUGUCGAUGAGAGAU